UGCAUCUGUGGAACGUAAAACAACUCAUUUUGUCUGCGAGCGGGAAAAUUUUUCAAAAUCAAAAUUCGGAACGGAAAUAUAUUUUUUUAAAAGCAAAAAAGAAAAAAUAGUCCAGAAAUAGGACAACAAUGGAAACCAAUCUAAAAAUUCUCUUCCUACUUCUGACCGUGAUUUUGCUACAUAAAUAUGUCCAUUCAAUGGAAAUGUCCAACUUUACAAUAAAAGUGAUCUAUGAUAAUUUACCAACAGCCUAUGAUGCACUGCGACAAAAAAUCAUGGAGGCAGAAAGAGCCUCAUCAUUGGGUGGCAAUGUUUGGCUAUCAUCGGCGGAAGAGAAGGCCAAUAGUAUAUUAAUGAAUGCCAAGAGGGAGGAGAUUACCGAAGGUCUAAAAGAUCCCACCAAAUAUCCCCCCGCAAUGCAUUUUUUCCAAGGCAAACAAUUUUUGCGGCAAAGCGAAGUCUUCCGGAUUAUUCAGAAAAUGCCCAAAGGAGCCCUGCUGCAUGGCCACAACAAAGGUAUGGUCACCUCGAAGUGGGUAAUUGGCAAUUUAACCAAUUUGUAUAAUUUGUAUACAUGCCGCGAUGUGAGUGGCCUACUGAUCUUCACCUACGACCAAGCGCAGUGUCACAGCGAGAUAACGAAUGUGUGCUUGGAACGUGUCAAUGCCGAGGAUAAGCGAGUCUAUGAAAAGCGUUUAGAGAAGCACAUCAACAUGUACACAAUGCAUCCGGAAUCCAUGAUCACCGAUACCCGAAAAUUGUGGAAGCGUUUUGAGAAUAUUUUCGUCAGCAUGGAUCAAAUGUUUAAAUAUCAACCGGCAUUUUGUAAUUAUCACAAACGUUUGCUGGAGGAGCUUUGCGAGGAUAAUAUUAUCUAUGCCGAAAUUAGGGCAUCCUUGUCACCGCUUUAUGGAGAUAAUAAUCGUACAUACAACUCUUUGGAAGUGGCCACAGAAUUGGAGAAAAUCGUUGAAAGUUUCAAAGUGAAACAUCCUGAUUUCAUGGGCAUGAAAAUAAUUUAUGCCAAGCGCAAUAAGGGAACCGUUGAUGAAAUCGGACAGCGCAUAAUGACUUUCAAACAGUUGCACAAUGCCAAACCUAAUUUCAUUAUCGGUUUUGAUUUGAUUGGUAAUGAAGAUGCCGGCGAUCCUUUGCACAAAUUUGCCAAUGAAUUGACGGAUUUACCGCCCACAGCCAACUUUUUCUUUCAUGCUGGAGAGACAAAUUGGUAUGGCAAAGCCGAUUGGAAUAUGAUGGAUGCCCUGCUGCUGAACACCAAACGUAUUGGCCAUGGAUUUGCCUUGCCCAAACAUCCCCAGCUGUGGUCGACCAUCAAGAAACGUAACAUUGCCAUUGAAGUGAAUCCAUUGUCAAAUCAAGUUUUGGGCUAUAUUUGGGAUUUACGAAAUCAUCCGGCGUCGUUUUUGAUAGCGGAAAAUUUUCCCAUCAUCAUUUCGUCCGAUGAUCCUGGUGUAUGGAAUGCCAAAGGAUUAAGCUAUGAUUUCUAUUAUGCCUUUAUGGCAUUUGCCCCGGCCGAAGCGGAUUUAAGAUUUUUAAAGCAAUUGGCUUUGAAUUCGAUAAAAUAUGCAAUUUUAACCUCCGAGGAACGGCGUAAAAUGAAUCGCAUUUUCCAAAAGAAAUGGGAGGAGUUUAUUUACAAUAUUAUAAAUAUGAAAUUUUAGAUAUUCCCAUGUUCAGCAUUCCAAUAUUUCGUAAUGAGUUAAAAAAAAGAUAA